AGAAGGAGGAGACACCAGAGAUGGUUGCUGAAGAGGCAAUUAGUGCUGAUGAUAAAGACACAGAAACUUUGGCCCAAGAGAAAACUGAAGUAUCUGCUGCACCACCUGCAUUGCAAGAGAAAAAUGGCCACGGGAGUUCGAGUUCGAGGUCCCCAAGUCCACCUUCAAAAGGGAAUUCCCAAGCUACAACUAGUGAAACAGUCAAGACUCCUGUGAGUGGCACACGUGACAAGGCUCAACCAAAUUUGAAUCAUCAGAAUGCUCCAAACACCAGUGCGAAAGUUAAACCAAAGGAGAACACCAUUCUGGUGUCAGAAUGCAUGACUAAUGAAAACAAGGGUGUUGACUGUAGGGAUGGAUGUCAGAGCCAGAUGAAAGUAAACAUACCCAGUGAAUGUCUGAAAGGGGCAAGGGAAACAUGUCCAGAUGAUGAUGACUAUAAGACUGAAGAUAAAAAGGCAGAGAAAGGAGCAGAAAAUAUGAUGGAGGAAACUACUGAAUCAAGGGAAGAGAAGGAUUCAAGCACACAAACUGAUGCAGGUCGAAAAGAAGGAAGAGUUUUGUCAGAUGCAGAUGCUGCUGUUUUCAUACAAGCUGCAUAUCGCAGUUAUCUAGUUAGAAAAUGGGAACUGUUGAAGAAGUUGAAGCAGAUAGAUGAAGUCAGGAAGGAGGUGACUCAUGUUCAAGGUCGUGUUCAAGCUUUUGAGAGAUCUCUCGAACUUCAAAAUGAUGACAAACAAAAAAUUGCAAUUGGAGAGACCAUAAUGAGACUCCUGCUGAAGUUGGAUACUAUACUGGGUUUGCAUCCAUGUUUCAGGGAGAUCAGAAAAUCCUUGGCUAGGGAGCUCAUAAUCUUGCAAGAAAGGCUUGAUUCUAUAAUAGCCAAGAAACCUCAGCAGUAGAUGCCGGAUGCCGAUGUUCAGGAACACGUUGAAAUCACUCCAAUGAACAUGCAAAGUGAAGAACAUGUGCAAAAGCAGCAAGAAGAAAAGGUUGUUGUACCAGAAGAUUCAGCUGAAGGCACUAGGGAUGAUGUAAAAGGUCCUUGUGCUAAUGAUGGUGGAAGUGAAUCUCAGUCACCAGUUGAUCCUCCAUCAAAUGAGGGAGCAGAGUCUGUUGCACUUCCAAAUGGCUCAGAUAAUGAAGACACCAGCCAAGUGGUUACAUCUGAUGCAUUGAAUUCUUCAAGUGAUCUGUCUGAGAGUGACAAAAUGGCUGUGGAAUCCGAAGCUAAAUCAGAAGCGAAAGACAAUCCGAUUGCGGAAGACAUUCCCAUUGAGGUUGAUAAAUUGGACAAGACUGUUUGGGAAGAAUUGCCUGUGGGAGUUAUUGAUGAAGAUAUCAAUGAUGUUAGUAUUGAGAAGGAAGAACAUGAUGAUGUUAGAUCUGGAAGUCUCCCAGCCAUGGUGAAUGAUUCGGCACAAGAAGGAUCAGAUUCAGAGAACUAUGCAAUGAUGGAGCUGCCAUUGGGAUUACAUGAGGAGCAUGAAAGGGACAAUGAAAUGAAUAUUUCUAAUGGAGAAACAUGGUCUGAGAAUGAGAUAUUUAUUGAGGAGCUUCAUGUGGGACUGCACGAUGAGGAUACAACAAUAUCUAAAGAUAAGAGGGAUGAUCAAGCUAAGCCUAAAACAUAUAAAGGGGUUCUACUAGCUCAAGAAGGGGAAUGCAAUGCAGAUGAGGAAACAAGUUCUUCCAUAGAUGACACUGCAAACGAAACUCAACUAGAGCAACAGCAGAAGCUGAAAGAGCAAGAGGAGGUGCAUUCUUCUAGGGUAAAAAUUGAGUACCUGAAAGAAGGUGAACUCAAUGGUGAUGCACCAAUGGAUAUAAGAGUUGAGUGCAAGUCAGGUGAGGAAGCUGGAACUGAUACUAAGUUGCUUCCUUUGACAACACAAGUCAGUGAUAAUGAACCAGAAAAUGAAGAUGUAUUCUCAGAAGCAAAUUAUGUAAAUAACAAAUUAACCGAGCCAAUGGAGUUUGUACCUUCCAAUGACACACAGACGGAGGAGACACCAAAGAUGGUUGCUGAAGAGGCAAUUAGUGUUGAUGAUAAAUAAUUUAGGUUCUUUUGGUAUAGUCCUCUAAUCAGAAUUGGAGUUUAACCCACACAAUAAAGGUUCACAUUAAAGGUCAACAUAUACAAGAACACCAAAAGUAUCUAUAGAACAAUAUCUAAGUUUGGUCCUUUUUAUUAAAAUCUCAUCUGUUGUGUUUUUAAAGCAAUAUUUGUAUCCAUACUUAUUCCUCUAAAGUGCACUAAUUCACUUGAGAGGAGCCAAAUCCUAGCGUUUAAAGUUUCAACCACUAUAGGUUCCAUUUCUCUGUCUUAGACUAUAGGUUCUAAUGAAUACAUCAUCAUCAUACUACAUUGCAUAUAAUAAUCCA